AUAGGUGAACCCCUGAGGAUUGUGCUGAUUGGAAAGACUGGAGUGGGGAAGAGUGCUGUGGGGAACACCAUUCUGGGGAGAAAAGUGUUUACCUCACAGCCUUCUGCUAAUUCUGUCACACAAACUUGUACUAGAAGGAGUAUAGAUAUUCCCAGAGAGAUUGAGGUGAUUGAUACACCUGGUAUUUUAGACACUGAAAGAAAUCCAGAUGAUGUUAAAGAUGAGAUAGUGAAGUGCAUUAAAUAUUCAUGUCCAGGGCCCCACGUAUUCCUGCUGGUGAUUCAGGUGGGCCGCUUCACUAAGGAGGAGCAGAAUGCAGUCAGGGCCUUACAGGAGAUCUUUGGGGAAAAGGCUGCAGACUACAUGAUGGUGCUGUUCACUCGUGGUGAUGAACUUGAGAGUCAGACUAUCAGUGACUAUGUGGUCCAUAGUCACGCCAAACUAAAGGAAGUGAUGGGGAGCUGUGGUGGACGAUACCAUGUAUUUAACAACCACAGCACUGACCGCACUCAGGUUGUUGAGCUGGUGAAGAGAAUAGAUAACAUGGUGAAAGCGAAUGGGGGAGGUCACUUCACUGAGGAGAUGUACGAAGAGACACAGAGGGUCCUGACAGAAAGAAACGUCUCCUGGAACUCUGAGUUAGAACCGUAUCUUACAUUCAUACCGCUCCUGUUUAACAGGGUGAAAACCUUUUUAAAGGUUCUUAAUCAAGGAUGAAG